AUGGCAUCAGAAACGGCUGCAAACAAUGGUCUGAAAAAGAUUGAAGACGUCAAGUCUAUCGAUGAUUUAGACUUUGAUAAAUUGGAUCUACAAAUCGGUGACACUCCUAAAGACAUCCAGGAUCAAUGCCUACAACUGUGUCAACAGUAUUUGUCCGGCAAUUGGAUGGACUGCGAGGGCAAUGAGAGACUGACGGAUGUCAUCAUUUCGCUCAUAGUCUCCGACAAUAAGUUGGGCCCAAAAGUGUACGGAAUCUUUCCGACCGGACAGAUACAGCACUACUAUAAACACCGACAGUUCAAACCCGAGGAGCAAAAAGACCCCAAACUGGUGACCGAAGUGUUUCAGAAGUUGGCCCGAAUUCACGCCAUGGAUGUGCCCAUCAAACGCACAAAUAACGGGCUGUUCAACGAAUUGGACGACUGUUACAAAUGGAUGGCCGAUAAUAACGCCACCAAAAUGUUUGAUGACUACGCGUGCGAGUCAUUAAAGACAUGCGAUUUUAAGGGCGAAAUUGAAUUCAUUAAGAACUGUUCAACGAAUUGGACGACUACAUGCGAUUUUAAGGGCGAAAUUGAAUUCAUUAAGAAGAUCGCUGUGAAGACCGGGAGUCCCACUGUAUUCGCGCACAACGACUACCGGUCCAGCAAUUUGAUGAUCACUGACGACACCCGCAAUCCUGGCGACCAAAUAGUUGUCUGCGAUUACGAGUACUCUUCGUACGGCUUUCGUGGUCUCGAUUUCUCGCAAUUGUCUCGAGAGUGGGGCCGAAAACAGUUUGAUUUACUCACUGUCGACGGUCUCCCGCAAGAGGACUCGGUAUUCAAUCCGUUAAUUGAAAUCUAUAUCAAAGAAUGCGAGCGAAUACACGGCAAACAAUACUCCGAAGACCCCAUCAAUUCCGUGGAGCACAUCGGCCGAGAAAUCAAGACAUUUGUAUUAAUCGCACAAUUCUUUUGGGUGGUUAUGGUUAUGAAGGGUACGUCCGUUAAUCAAAAACUUGAUAAAGGUCUUAUCAUGGAAGUAAAAGUGAAAAAGAGUUUAAAAGACUUAAAAAGUGUGGAAGAGUUCAACUUCGAAGACGUGGAACUAAUUCGAGGCGAAGCACCAAAAGAUAUCAAAGAGAAAUGUCUGAAGCUAUGCAAAGAUUACUUAUCCAAGAGUUGGGAACAACAAACUCUCGAUACAAUUAGCUUCCGAAGACUAAGUGGAGGAAUGACUAAUCAGUUAUACUAUUGCGCUCUCAAUGAUAAUUGUGCCACAAAUGAGAGUGAUGUGAAAGAGGUUGCUAUAAGAUUGUAUGGCCCCAAAUGGUUUAAUAAUCUGGAUAAUAAUGGCAAUGUCAUGAAAAACGAGAGACUCACUGAUGUUAUCAUUGCGCUUAUGGUCUCACAGAAUAAAUUGGGGCCAAAAAUACACGGAAUCUUCGAGAACGGACAGAUCCAACAGUUUUAUGAGCACCGACAGUUUAGAUUAGAGGAGCAAAAUAAUGCUAAACUCUCGACACAAUUAUUCGGUGCAUUAGCUCGAGUGCACGCCAUGGAUGUGCCCCUAAGAAAGACAUCAUCCUGGUUGUUUGAAUUCUUUGAUGACUAUUAUACUAAGGGAAUGAAUGGCGAUACAAAGAAAUUGAUUGAUGAACUCAAUUGCGAGACAUUCAAGAAACACGACCUCAAGACGGAACUCGAAUGGCUUAAGAAGACUGUGGUUGCCAUCAACAGUCCGAUUGUCUUCUGUCACAAUGACUUCAGAGGCAGUAAUAUAAUGGUUACCAAAAACAAUAACAACUCCAACGAUGAGAUAGUACUUUGCGACUUUGAAUACUCGUGCUAUGGGUACCGGGGCUUUGAUCUUGGUACUAUUCUCGUGGAAUGGGGUCGUGCUAUGAACGAUGUAACAAAACUACACGACUUUCCCGAAGACUCGGCGAUUGAAUCACUGCUUCAGCACUAUAUCGACGAAUCGGUGAGAAUUUGUGGCCAAAAGUAUUUGGAAAAUAAAAACAAUUCAAUGGAUCAGUUGCUGAGAGAAGUGAAACUGUUUGUACUGAUCGGCAAUAUAUUCUUCAUUUUGUUUGGUAUACAAAAUGAUGAUAACAACGAACAGAUAAUGGAUAAGAAAGUAAUGAUGGGUUUCUCUGAUAUUUGUUUUAAAAACUAUUUCCAUCUCAAGAAUCAGUUUGUGGCCCAAAAUAUUUUUUAA